GUAAAUAUAUUGUGUACAAAGAAAAAGGAGAAAAGUAGAUAACAGAAAGAUAGAAGAAAGAAGAAAACAGAAGAGAAAAAGACCAUUAGACAAAGAAAAGGUGUUUUGAUAGCUACGGAGAAAAAGAGAAAGUAUAGAGAAAAAAAGCAAAACAGGGAGAUGAAAGGGGUCUCUAAUGGGAGAUCCAUUCCCUUUCUUCUCUUCUUCCUUUCGUUUUUUCAUCAAUUCAUCACAGGCUUUUCAGACGAUUCUUUAAAUCCCAGAAAUGGAACAAAAGUUGAUAGUCAUGCUGCAUCCAGCAGUAACACUGGGUCAAUUGUACUCAUUGUAUGUGUUGCCCUUGUGGCAGUAGUGCUUCUAUCAUUUUUCCUUUUCAAGUUUUGGCAAAAGAAGAAGCGUGAAGAGCAGUAUGCUCGUCUGCUAAAGUUGUUUGAAGAAGAUGAUGAGCUUGAGCUUGAGCUGGGUCUUCGGGAUUAAAUUUGUGUCAAAUGUUAACGACCAAUGUACUGAGAUGUAAGUAGUAACUUAAACCCAGAUUCUUGAUUCAAUGAUGACAAUGAGUUGGAUUGAUUCCAGAAUAUUGACAUAAAUGAAGAGAAAUCUUCAUUUCACAAUUUGUAGAAAUAUGUAUCAGUGUUAGCAGAAACAAAACUAUCAUGCAUUCUGUUCUUUGGGUACAGCGAUCAAUGGAUAACAGAUAUUGCCAAACGUCACCCUCCCAAAUGAGGAUUGUAAUUCAUCUGUCACAAUUUCACUCUGUAAUAGUUGUUAGUAGGUGUUUGCAGCUUGUUAGAUUGCUCUAAAAAUUGAGGAAUAAUUUUAAUCAAAGCUCAAAUGAGCUAGACUGUACUUCAAGUUGUGCAAAUUUGAUUUUGUACCCUCUGAUGUAUCACUAGGCCUUAAUAUAUUUUUGUUCUUUGUGUGUUA